AUGCACACACUUAAAAUGUUCUGCCUACCUAAACGAUUUUCCUAAAAAAACAACAUUAAUUUAUCAGACAAAAUUGCCAUUAACAAGAACAAUUAAUGGCAAGGGCAUAAAUUAAUUAAAUUUCAGCACCCUUAUUUAUUUAAUUUUGUUGUUUAUAAAAUUUGGGUGUUAUUUUAAAGGCGAUUUUUAUUUUUAUAAUUUUCAUUUUCACCUCUUGUUUGAGACUAGUGUUAUCUUCCUCAAUUUCUCUCUAAUGGCGGCUGUAUCUUUGAAUGGUAAUGGUGGAAAUCUUGGAACUUUGUGUAACCGACCCGAAUUAGGAUGUGGGUUUUUGAGAAAACCCGAUUUUGGAGCUCAGACAACGGUUUUGGUAAAACCCAUGUCGAAGAGUUUAAGGUUGAAGGCAACGAAUGCUUCUGCUUUUGCAAAUGCUACAGUCAAUGCAGUGCCUGUUUCAGUUCAUCCCAAGGUGAUGCGCCACACGAUUUCAGUCUUUGUUGGGGAUGAAAGUGGGAUAAUCAAUAGAAUUGCAGGCGUUAUUUCUAGAAGAGGAUACAACAUUGAGUCUCUGGCUGUUGGUUUGAACAAAGAUAAGGCUCUUUUUACCAUUGUAGUGUGUGGGAAUGAGAAGGUGUUGCGCCAAGUAAUGGAACAGCUUAACAAGCUUGUUAGUGUCAUAAAGGUUGAAGAUCUAUCGAGAGAACCACAAGUGGAACGUGAACUGAUGCUUGUAAAGCUUAAUGCUGAUGCAAAUACCCAUGCCGAGAUAAAGUGGUUAGUGGACAUCUUCAGGGCAAAAAUCGUGGAUAUCUCAGAAAACUUGGUCACUGUGGAGGUGACUGGAGAUCCUGGUAAGAUGGCUGCUGUCCUGAGAAAUUUUAGCAAGUUUGGAAUUAAAGAAAUUGCAAGGACAGGAAAGAUUGCUCUAAGGCGGGAAAGGAUGGGUCAGACAGCUCCUUUUUGGAGAUUCUCUGCUGCUUCUUAUCCGGAUCUUGAAGAGAAGGCUGUUAAUGCUCUUGUCGAGUCUACAAAAAGAAGUAUCAAUGGUAAUCUAGGAUCAUCGUCAAGUGGCGAUGUUUAUCCUGUGGAGCCUUAUGAUAUCUCCAUGGUAAAUCAAGUACUUGAUGCUCACUGGGGUGUUCUUUAUGACGGCGAUUCAAGUGGACUCCGGUCACAUACUCUGUGCAUGGUAGUAAAUGAUGCUCCUGGAGUUCUCAACACUGUUACAGGGGUAAUUGCUCGUAGGGGUUAUAACAUUCAGAGUCUUGCUGUUGGCCCUGCUGAAAAGGAGGGUCUUUCUCGUAUCACAACUGUUAUUCCUGGAAAUGAUGAGUCGAUUGGAAAAUUGGUUCAGCAACUUAGCAAGUUAGUAGACCUUCACGAGAUUCAAGACCUUACUCACCUGCCAUUUGCAGAGCGAGAGCUUAUGUUGAUCAAAGUAGCUGUAAAUACUUCUGCCAGGAGAGAUGUCCUUGAUAUUGCCAAUAUAUUCCGUGCAAAAGCUGUAGAUGUCUCUGAUCAUACCAUCACCUUACAGCUUACGGGUGAUCUAGACAAAAUGGUUGCGCUACAGAGAUUAUUGGAGCCUUAUGGAAUUUGUGAGGUGGCACGUACUGGAAGAGUGGCAUUGGCCAGAGAAUCUGGAGUGGAUUCCACAUAUUUACGAGGAUUCUCUCUUCCCUUGUCUGAGUGAAAAUCUUUCCGGCUUUGUCUCUUAGACUUUGACAUUACCUUGUCCAAUUAUCUUUUGCUCUUUUUUUAUUACUUGGUAGAUCAAAUGCAAGUGACUUGGAGUGGCAGCCAAAAAGCAAUUCCAAUCUUUGCUUUGAUUAUCAAUAUGCUUUUGUAUCAUUAUAACUUUAGAAGUAGGUUUUAUAUUGACAGGUAUUUGUCUACCUUGUAAUAACAAGUUGUUAGCUUGAAGUUUUUGGUACAUGUGUUUCGUGCAAUGGAAAAUCCUAAUAGCUGGACGGUUUUGUUA